AUGCAGUCCGGCGGCCCUUCCCCAUUCCCGGUGUCCCGGGACGGAACUCCCAGUGGCAACGGCAACGGCACAACCAACGGCAACACCAAUGGCACAACCACCAACGGCACAAAUGGCGUGCAACGCAGGGCAAAGAUCUGUGUCUACUGCGGCGCCUCUCCCGGUUUCAAGCCCCAGCACAUGGAGGCUGCCCGUGAGUUGGCAAGAAUCAUGGCCGAGAACAACAUCGACCUCGUCUACGGCGGUGGCACCGUCGGCCUGAUGGGCGAGGUGGCAAAGUCCCUCGUCGCCCUCGCCGGCCCGGACGCAGUCCACGGCAUCAUCCCCGAGGCCCUCGUCAAGUACGAGCGCGACGGGACCUACGGCACCCUCAACAAGGACAACAUGUACGUCCCCGACGAGACCGUCUACGGCCGCACCACCGUCGUCAAGGACAUGCACACCCGCAAGCAGAUGAUGGCCAAGGAGGUCUUCGCCGGCGGCCCGGGCUCCGGCUUCAUCGCCCUGCCCGGCGGUUACGGCACCAUCGAGGAGGUCCUCGAGACCGCCACCUGGAACCAGCUCGGCAUCCACGACAAGGGCAUCUGCCUGCUCAACAUCAACGGCUUCUACGACGGCAUUCUCGAGUGGGUCCGCAAGAGCGUCGACGAGGGCUUCAUCAAGCCCGCCAACGCCGACAUCCUCGUCACCUCCACCACCCCCGAGGGCGCCAUCAAGGCCCUGAGGGAUUACAAGGUCUCGGAGGCCACCUUCAAGCUCGACUGGUCCAACUCUUGA